AUGAACUUGGAGCGUGGAGCCGACAUUCUGGGGUCUGGACAAAGCGCAGGUCAUAACGUGGACCAUGUUGUACCAGACUUGCCGGUAACAGCUGAAGGGCAAGCGCUCCCUCUAGUGCAAAACGAAGCGAGUCUUUCGGGCUUUGGGGAACAGCCUCGUACCAGUCGACGUCGUUCAGAACGAGUCGUAUCGCGCGCUCCAGUGGAGUACUCAGAGACGGCGUUGCCAAAGCAAGCCGAACGCAAGGCGAAGCGUCGCGAAGCUGCGGGCAGCGAGCCUGCCGCUGGUUUAGCGGUACGCUCUUCGGAACAGGAGCUUCUCCACAAUCCGGAAGUUGUUGCACUUGUAAGCGAGUUUGCACGAUAUGGAAGGCCGCGCUGGUUCACUCCAGAGCGAAGUGUGCCUCGUGGCAUGCCGCCACGGGCCCGAAACGACCUGCCCAUUGCGGAGCUGCUUAACUUGCUGACUGGUGCCUCUGCGUCGCUCGGGAGAGUCGUGUCGGAACAGGAUCGUUGGUCAUCAGCACUUGAAGAAUUCUGCCCGCCGGGUAUAUUAGAACUUCUCAAGUCAAGAACCGACACAAUGUAUGUGAACCCGAUCGAACGAGGAAUCGCGUUGGUUCAAUCGAACCGGGAAACACGAGCCUUUCUUCAGUAUCUGAUCUCGACGCUGGUGACUCCGUUUACCGAUCAUCCUCUUGCCACGGUAAGCAAAUGGCUGGAACUCGUUUCCGACUAUUUGGCCUUGAAUGCUGACGAGCUGCUCCUCAUGCUCAUCUAUCUCGUUCGCUACAUCGCUUUAAAUGCGAAACACCCGCUCCGCGGUGCCGCGGAGAACGCCGGAUCGACUGAACAGGAAGUGCUCCGCGAGAGGCGCAGCGAGAUCGCCUCUAAGGCUCACGAACCGUCGAUGACUUUUGGGCUUGCACCCAGCGACUUUGAACGACCUCUAUUUCGGCCGAUAGAUGUGUCGACGGGCAAACCAAUGCGGGCCUGCAAUGAGCCAAGGGCUCAGCAGUGGGAGCAGGUCCUAGCAGUCGCAGCGUACACUGCUGUGUUCUCCCUGGAGGAAUUUCCGCGACGAACGGAGCUUGAAAUACGUGAUCUUCUGGGUGGUGUGCGAUGGAGCAUGCGAGCUGCUCAGCUACUCGUGUACGACGCGUUAGAAUGGCGGCUCCUCGUUCUUGAAGCCGAAUACGUGGCAGUACGUGACCUUGUACUCCAGGCGGCGAUCCACGGAGAGCAGAGUCCCUCGCAGUUGUUAGCGGAUACGAUCAGUGUGGUUCGUUUAGAGCGUGCCCGCGCGGACCGCGAGCGCCAGACCUUUUUGCGCUCUGCGGGCAUCGCUCCGGAUUGUUGGAGUGAAAGCUCGGUGACGAGUCCCUCGAUGCUUCAGUACGAACAUGUGAUUGCGGAUGAGCACGAAAAGGUCAAUGAUAUGCGCCGAGCGUUCCUCGAAAAUAUGAACACCCUGUCUGGUGCAACCGCGCACGAUGAGGUGAUGAUCGAGCCGCUUCCGUUUUCACCAACCAUGGAUGAUUAG